AUGACUAGAUACGAGUUCGGAGUGGUGGUUCGAGUCGAGGCUUCACAAUCCGUGAAGGUGUCACUUCAGAGCAGGCAGUUCGAGCUCAAAUUGGCGUCAGUAAAGCCGACAUCGAAGUAUAUGACGCAUACUUUGGUGUAUUCUGUAAAGUUUUCCAGCGUGGAAGGAAGCUUCUCAGCACUAUUUGAGGAUGGAGCGAUAUUACGGCGAUAUUACCCCGAUAGACCCACCAAACUCGGCUGGUUCGAGGACAUGAGAAAGAUACUCGCUCACACCCACGAUCUUUCGGUCAUUGUCGCCAAUAUUUGCCUCACAGAAUCUCCUCCUUACGACAGCUUCUACGUUACAUUUUCGAAUUUCACUAAAUCUACAAUAACGUCCAUCGAAACCGACAUGGGGACCGUCGACGAUAACAGCGACCCGAUUUACACCGACAUCGGUUGGCUUAGCACAGUAAUGUAUGAGAUCAUAACUGGGAGGUAUUAUGAUUUCGACCUUUUAAAGACUAACCACCCUGCUCAACCCGGGCUAUCUAGCCGAGAGAGGAGACCUUCCAAGCACUCACAGUCUCUGACUUGGUGUGUUCCACUCAGUCACUGUAGGGUCAACGGCAGAUGGAUUGAAAGGCUUUUCGAGUGCUUGAGUGUGAUGCGUGAGUCCAGAAUCCCUAGCCCCAAUUCUGGCUCCAAAGAUUUAAGGAUACAAUACUUACAACUAACUUGUCUAAGCACCCGCGUGCCUGCUGUUGCCGUACUUGCCGUUCUUGCAUUCGCAACACUGUCACACGUCACUAUCCUUAUUCAUCUCUUCUGGACUCCAAUAAUAUACGAUAUCAUUUUGGUUGCCCACGAAACGUUAACUUACCCCUUCAUACUAGCGUCGAUAUUUCUUCUUCAUUUCCUUGCUUUCAUUGUGGCCCUUUCUUUCAAUUAUCCAGCACACGAAGACUUCACAACAAGCACCUCCCUUGAUGCAUUAACGCUUGACACGGAGAGUUUAGUCCAACCCAACGCCACCCGCUACUAUAACUCCGAGCUUUCUACCUUAAAAGAUAGACGAGAUCUGACACAUCCUUCCGGAAGAUCACAUCCUCCCGACAAUAUGCUGUCACAUCUUUGUAUCGUGUUGAAGCUGGGGAUAUCGAUGCUUGAAGUCUGUGUGAUGGGAGUGACACCCACCUAUACACUCCUGCUAUUCCUUCAUUCACACUCAAAUGCUAUACAUUCACGCCCAACAAUAACCCUCAACCCCAACACCUACGGAGCCAACAUGCACUACGCCCUCAUCAUCUAA